CCUCGCAAGGUAUGGGACGCUCUGAUUCGAGAGAGCGGAUUGUCGAGGGCAAAGCUCAAGACUGAAUUGAGAUUGUUAUCGAUUGGUUGUUGCUUGGUCGAUUGCCUCAGUGCGUCGUUACCGUCCCUGCUGCAUUGAAAGCGGCUCCCUUCGGUUCGCCUCCUCUUGAAAGAUUCAGAUGGUCGCAACACUUGGCAGGAAAGGCGUCUUGUGACUGAAUGGCCUAGUAAUCGUGGCUAAUCUGGUUUCUCUCGUUGUCCCUUUCCCCCUUCCCCAUCGACCUCUUACCAUACGAAUCGCCAUCGGCUCAUCGACCAAUCUCCUCCUUUUCUGGCUUCACAGAAGAAGACCGACGAUUACCUCCUCGAGUUCGACGACGACGAAGAGCCCGGCGUCGAGGGUCUGCCCAAGCGCCCGGUCCCUUUCCACCACGUGGUUCCCUUGCCCCCGACCCACCGCAAAUAGACGCAACCGGCCUGAGUCACAGCCCGACUCUCUACCGGUGCACAGCCCCCGGCCUAAGCGCCUUAAGUCGAGCGCUCGCAAGAGGCCCACCGCCGGAGAGCAGAAUGUGCGUUAGCAUCUCGCUGCCUCCGACCGCUUGGGCUUCUGCAUCGGAGCAAAGCCGUCCGAUCUGGUUUGUGCUGCCGUAUGGCUUCUUUAGCACAAACGAUUGGCGUCGACAAACAAUCACGAGAAACAAGGUCCGGCGUUUUCGAUGCGCAAAAGGCGUGCAAGCAUUUCUGAGCAGUUGGAGGCGCGGUCACGUGCAGCGCCUGCCAGUGAAACGCUCACGGGCUGGCUCAGCUGACGUAAUCGCCUUCGAGAACCACACGGUGUCCGGCUGCAAUGACACUCCAACUUCAGUCUUCAACCUGCAAGGCUUGAGGAUCUUCAAUCAGAUCCCUAACUUGUAAGCUUGACUUGUUACUUACGAUGCAGUUUAACGAGCAAUUUCCAGGUGGCGCCUUUUGGAGGUAGCUUCCAGAAAUCGAGUUGCUCUUGUUGGACUCUCUGUCGUGCUGCUCCUUGAUAUUUCAUACAGCUUUGUUAUACAGUACUGUUUUCAGGCCAUCUCGAGUCUUUUACUGGAGAACAUGAGCAGUACAUCAACGAUGUUCUGCAUUCCCAGGCGGCCUGCCGGGCUGUUGAUCCACUAGAGCCAGACAUUCAUUGGCCGCCCCCUAGCCAUGUGGCAUGAACCAAACUUGCAC